AUGUCUGAGGAGCGGCUCUGGCGUGACCUGAGUCAGUGUGCCAUGUCUGAGGAGCGGCUCUGGUGUGACCUGAGUCAGUGUGCCAUGUCUGAGGAGCGGCUCUGGCGUGACCUGAGUUCCGUAGGAGGGACAGACAAAAGCAGGGAUGGUGUAAACGUGUUUGGGAUGCAGCUGGAUAUGUGGUCUCCGCCGCGGAGUGAUGUGGUCGCCAAAUACAACCUCUCUCUCAAGUUCCCACAGGGGGAGAUAUCGAAUCUAGAGACAGUGAGUGUUUGCUACUGGGUCCAGCCUACUACUCUCGCCUCCUACGAGACUCACCUGUCACUGGCAGUAUCGGACCAAGAGAAUGAUGUCCUUCACCUGUAUCGUCGAGGCGAGCAUCUUGGUUUCUACUACAACGGUGUGAGACAGUUUGGCUUUCCUAACCUGACCAGCAGUAUUGGUCUGCACGUGUGGAGUCACUACUGUCAUGUGUUCCAGCGAGGGGAGUAUCGAGCUUACGUGGGCGGUGAGGAGAGGGCACGGGGACCCAUCUUUACCACCAAGGCAUCUCUGUCCAUGCAAGGCAUCAUCACCCUGGGCCAGGAACAGGACCAGCUGGCCGGAGGCUACGACUCCAGCCAAACCUUCCGGGGCUAUAUAGCACAGCUCAACAUCUACAACAGAAGUAUUACUGACGAAGAAGUUGAUCAACAGGCCACAUGUCAGGGAGCAACCCUUGGUGACAUUUUCUCCUCCGACAGGGAAGAAAUGGAGAAGUUUGGGGUCUCUAUGGAGACUAUAAAUGUUACUGAAUUUUGUAAGAAAAUGGUAGAAUAUAUAAUAUUCCCAGAGAUGCGAUACUUGCCACAGUCCAAACUUACAUGUGAGAGAGUAGGUUAUGAAGUAUACAGUCCCACCACGCCAGCUGAGAACACUAUGUUACAUAACUCAUCUGUACAAUUUACCGAAGAGUGCAAGUCUAAUUACCACCUGUGGGUCGGAGUUACUGAUGAGGAAGAGGAAGACGUAUGGCGUAAAUUUGUUGAUAAUGACGUAGUUACAGAAACAGUCUUCGAAACCAAUGAACCAAAUGGCGGCACUGGGGAAAACUGUAUACUUAUGUUUCUCCCCAACGGCCGUUGGGUGGAUACUUCCUGCGACAUCGAGUGGCCGGCUUGUGUCCCCUGUCAGAUUGAUCAGACGGCACCUUUGAGGUUGAGAGGCCUCUGUUAUAUGAAUGAGGCUGAAACAUUCUUUGAAGUUCUUGGCUACAAAGGAGGUAAACCAUUCCUGCACGGAUAUUACGGAUACAUGGUGUACAGAAACGAGAGAGAAGAGUGGCAGAUGUACGACACAACUCAGAGUGAGACGGUCGCUCUAGUAACUCUUCCCUCUAGGGACUCUUACCCUAUCGGUCGUCAUGUCUGGACAUUGAAAAAAUCUAUAUGUAAUAACCUCAUUAAUUCAACAAUUCAUAUGAGUUUCUCUGUUUGCAACAACUUUGAAUUCAGCUGCUCAAAUGGUGACUGCAUCCUGAAGGAACAGCGCUGCAACGGCAAGAAUGACUGCACCGACUUUUCCGACGAGGACAACUGUGAAAUGUUAGUUCUACCUCAAGGCUACCGGGCCAACCAACCUCCUGUCAACAGCUCGGAAGAUGAACCUAUCUAUCUCACGUCUAUUGUCAGAAUCCUUCGUCUGGUGGAUAUCAGCGAUGUUCGACGAUCUAUAAACGUAGAAAUGGAAUUGGAACUGUGGUGGCAGGACCUCAGACUCACCUACCUCAACCUCGGCGACACUCUGGAACUGAACAAGUUGACCAGUGAAGACACAACUAGCAUCUGGAAACCCAAGAUUACAUUCCCUAAUGUUUAUGAUGGUAACAUCAACACUAUAGAAGAGGAGAUAAGCCUCAGGAAGUUAGCCGAUCCUCAGACACCAGAUUUCAAUGAUGUUAAAAUGGAUGUGGCAUACACAGGAGAGUCAACUCUACUGGUGCAAAAACUCCAUUAUAGUGGGACAUUUGCUUGUUCGUUUGAUGUAUUCUACUACCCGUUCGACACCCAGCGGUGCUUCAUCCUGCUUCAGUUGGCUUCUGUACGUAAGGAACACACCAGCUUCACCAGCGACAAGACCACAGUCGAUUACUUGGAGGAGAAGCUACUCCCUGGCUAUGAGGUGACACACUGCACCGUCGCCGUCACUGACAGAGGCAACAACGAGACACGACACAGUAUGCUGCAGGUGAGACUAGAGUUGACCAGACGCUGGACAGUUAUUGUGCUGGCAGUCUACUUGCCUACCUCCAUGUUAUUGUGUAUCGGCUGCUCUACCCUCUUCAUCAAGCUGGAGCUCCUCGACGUACGUUUGGCAGUGAGUCUGACGACACUAUUGGUCCUGUACACACUCUUCAGCAACACUUCUAACUCCCUCCCCAUCACUGCCUACGUCAAGAUGAUCGACGUGUGGUUCUUCUACUGCAUCUUCCUCCUGUUCUUCAUUACGCUGACACACGUCCUUACCGAACACAUGGAUAAUAGAGAGCGAGAGCGUCCUAUUGUGGUUCAUCCCCUCAGGAGGCAGAAGGUGGAACCGAAAGUGCGAGAGGCAGAGAGAGUGUUGGUGACUGUAAGGUGGGUGGUGGUGCCUGUGUUGGUGCUGCUCUUCAACCUUAUCUACUGGGCACUCCUCCUAGGGUCUGCUUUUUAGUUUGCUUACGUCACUUUUCCCAUGUAGUGAGACCUCUAUUUAAUGGACUAUAUGAAAAAGAAGCUCUUUUAAAUGGAGGGUCUGUUAGAUGUGAAACCCCCAUCUAACAGAUUAUAUGCAGAGUUAAGUCCAUAAUAUGGAGGUUUCACUAGUAUCUAAUUAUAGAUGUACUGUAUCUAUGUUUAUCUAUCUAUAUAGCUACCCUUCUGUCUAUGUAUUGGACUGCCAGGAUCCAGCCGACUGGCUCUGCAACAGUCUUCCGGUUUGUCUCGCUAGCCAAUACAACCUACUGACUACUAAUGCCCCCAUGGUACCAAACCAUACCAAAAGGACCCAACUUUAUGCAAUAGAAUCUAUAUCAACAAGUUUAACCUCUUACAAUACCUUCAAUAGGUUUCCUUCAUGUGCACUUCACUAUGUUUUGCAAUGAGUGACAAUGGCAUUGUUAUUAAAUUACCUGUUCAUAAAAUUUGUAUGAGAGAUAUUUACCUUAUAAACUCUUAUAAGAGCAUUUACAGUCACACUUUACUAUUAUUGGCAGAUAGUCCACAAGAAAACGUGAAUAAACUUAUCUAACAUUGCUACCAUUAACUUCAAAACUAAUAACGGUUGAAUUUGCAGCUGUGAGCUGAGUGUGUGUGAGGUGUCACUGUAAACUCGUUAUUAUCUGAGUAAGAUGACCAUCGUGAACUGUAAAGGCUACUCGAUGAACUAAUAAAACACCCGUGUGGGGCCCUGCCGUUACAUGAAAGUGCGAGGAGCGGCACAAAAUUUUGGCGGGAAACUCAUUUCCAGAUUUAUGCCUGUACUUUCAAGAAGUAUGUAUAUAUGUAUAUUGUAAUGAUUAUAUGAAAUUGUACACCUCAUGUAGGCACCCACAUAAGCAGUUUGUGUAAGAGUGUAGAUAUAGGCGUGUAAAAGUUGGGUGUUGGGUCUUUGUAUGAGAUAUCGUAUACCCGUUUUACUGGCCGUCAACAGCUAAUGACAUUAUGGCCAUUGGAACCGUAUGCAAUUAUGGAAUGUAUUCAUACAUCAGAGAGAACAGGGAUGGUGGAAAAUAAAUUUCAACUGAAAGUAAAAGAAUUUUAUGAUUAAGGGAACACACAAAAAUUGAUGGACAAAUCAUCUUGGAUAGAUUCAGAUUUGCCCCCGAGGGGGCUAGUUUAUUGGGC